CGAUCAUUCAGCAGCCAGCCAAGAGACGAUAUAAAAGCGUUCCGUCGGCUGGCUUGAAGCAUCAGUUUAAGUUGGAUCUUCAGCUCUAGUGCACUUGGACAACGACACAAACGAAAUGGCUUUCAAAUUUGUUGCUCUGUUCGCUGUUCUGGCAGUAGCUAGCGCGGGAGUGAUUCCGAUUGAGGAAGUCCACUCGCACUAUCAGCCAGCUUCGUACUCCACACAUCUGGCCCAGCCUGCGUUGAUCAAGACCGUAGCUCAGCCAACGAUCGUCAAGACGAUCGCUCAGCCGACGCUCGUCAAGCACCUCGAUGAGGAUCACGACGCCCAGUACGACUUCUCGUACGGCGUGCACGAUGACCAUACCGGCGACAUCAAGGAGCAGCGCGAAUCCCGCCACGGCGAUCAAGUGCACGGCCAGUACAGUUUGAUCGAUUCUGACGGACACAAGCGCACCGUCGAGUACACGGCCGACGAUCACAACGGAUUCAACGCUGUCGUGCACCGCGAACCCACUGAUAUCAAGAUCCCGCAACCGAUUGUUCAGAAAGUCAUUGCUCAACCCGCUAUCGCCAAAGUCAUUGCUCAGCCAGCGAAAAUUAUUGCCGCUCAGCCGGCAUACUACCAUCAGCCUGCUCCAGCUGUCGUCAAAACCGUAGGACUGUCCCACGAACUUUGCCCUGCACGGUGCGACGCAUAUAUAAAGAGAGCUGAAUUCAAGAACCCUGUCAUUCGCUUGAUUUCUUUUGGUCUGCAAGGUGACGUACGCACUCGGCUGGACAGAAUGGCUUUCAAAUUCCUUGCAGUUUGCGCAUUUUUUGCCGUUGCGAACGCCGGCAUACAACAACCAAUCAAUCCAGUCUACCAUGCGGCGCCAAUCAACUUCGCGCAGCCUGCCCUGUUCAAGCCAGCCCAGCAGCAAACAGUGUAUGCACAGCCGGCUUUGAUCAAAACAGUACAGCCGCAGCCGACGGUUGUCAAAACCUACGCCCAGCCUGCGCUGGUGAAAAACUACGCCCAACCGGCACUUGUACAAAGCUACGCACAGCCAACGAUUGUCAAGAGUUACGCACAGCCUGCCUACGUCAAGCAGGUCGAAGAGUACGCACCGGCUAACUACGAGUUCUCGUACUCCGUGCACGAUUCGCACACGGGAGAUGUGAAGAGCCAGCACGAAACUCGCCACGGUGACCAGGUACAGGGACAGUACAGUCUGCUGGAUGCUGAUGGCCACCAGCGCAUCGUCGACUACACCGCCGAUGACCACAACGGUUUCAACGCGGUAGUUCGCCGCGAGCCGACCCACGUGAAGAUUGCGCAACCCGUCCAGAAGGUUCUAGCUCAGCCAGCGUACGCUGGACACUACUGAAGUGAAUAAGACUUGACAACCAUCGUAUAAGUAAAGUUGACAAGGGUGUUAGUUAAAUGCCGUCGUUGUUUAAAUAAAUUAGUUCAUUAUACUGUUCAA